GUGCUGUAACAUUAGAAGAAGAAGAAGAGACGCAUCAAAUGAUAUAGUUAACUCACAAUGAGGUUUGCGAAGAUUGUGAUAACCUCUCAUAACACCAUCUGAAAGGGACAUUUAAGCCGUCCAAGCGAUUAUCAUGGGUAAAAAAGACAGAGGAGAUCGAGAGAAAAGGUCGAAGAAGCGUGUGUACGAGGAAGAGGAGGAUGAGGAAGAGGCGGCGGGCGGUGAGACUCAGGAGGCCAUACCUGCGGCCGCGGGGAAACAGGUUGAUGAGUCGACCAUCAAACUGGACGAGUACGGGGCCAAGGACUACCGUCUGCAGAUGCUGCUGAAGAAUGACAACUCUUCACGCCCCCUCUGGGUGGCUCCUGACGGGCACAUCUUCCUGGAGGCCUUCUCGCCCGUGUACAAGUACGCCCAGGACUUCCUGGUGGCCAUAGCAGAGCCAGUGUGUCGGCCCAUCCACGUCCACGAGUACAAGCUGACUGCCUACUCCCUGUACGCCGCCGUCAGCGUGGGCCUCCAGACCUCUGACAUCGUGGAGUACCUGCAGAAGCUGAGCAAGACCUCCGUGCCCGAGGGCAUCAUACAGUUCAUCAAACUCUGCACGGUGAGCUACGGAAAAGUCAAACUGGUGCUCAAACACAACAGGUACUUUGUGGAGAGUGCGUUCCCAGAGGUGAUCCAGCGUCUCCUGCAGGAUGGGGUGAUACGAGAGUGUCGUCUCCGCAACGCUGAAGGGGUCGACACAGAGCUCAUCACGGAAGUGCUUCGGAGCAAGUCUGCGAUCUCCAAGUCUGUCCAGGACAACGGUGAGGCGGCGUCCACCUCCCAGCCCCCCGAGGGGGCAGCCCCCCAGGUCCCUGAAGACAUCUUCAGCUACUACGAGCAGAUGGACAAGGAGGAGGAGGAGGAAGAGGAGACCCAGACCGUCUCCUUUGAGAUCCGCCAGGAGAUGAUUGAGGAGCUUCAGAAGCGCUGUAUCCAGCUGGAAUACCCCCUGCUGGCGGAGUACGACUUCCGGAACGACACGGUGAACCCCGACAUCAACAUGGAUCUGAAGCCCACAGCCGUGCUGCGCCCCUACCAGGAAAAGAGCCUGCGCAAGAUGUUCGGGAACGGACGCGCUCGCUCAGGGGUCAUCGUGCUACCCUGCGGUGCGGGGAAGUCCCUGGUGGGGGUGACGGCGGCAUGCACGGUACGGAAGCGCUGCCUGGUUCUGGGAAACUCAUCUGUAUCGGUGGAGCAGUGGAAGUCCCAGUUCAAGAUGUGGUCCACCAUUGACGACUCCCAGAUCUGUCGCUUCACCUCCGACGCCAAGGACAAGCCCAUCGGCUGCUCUGUAGCCAUCAGCACCUACUCCAUGCUGGGUCACACCACCAAGCGCUCCUGGGAGGCAGAGAGGGUCAUGGAGUGGAUGAGGAGCCAGGAGUGGGGCCUCAUUAUCCUGGAUGAAGUUCACACCAUCCCUGCCAAGAUGUUCCGGCGUGUUCUGACCAUCGUCCAGGCCCACUGCAAGCUGGGCCUUACAGCCACGCUGGUCAGGGAGGACGACAAGAUCGUGGACCUCAACUUCCUGAUCGGGCCCAAGCUGUUUGAGGCCAACUGGAUGGAGCUGCAGAACAACGGUUACAUCGCUAAGGUCCAGUGUGCAGAGGUGUGGUGUCCCAUGUCUCCAGAGUUCUACCGCGAGUAUGUGGCCAUCAAAACUAGGAAGCGCAUGCUGCUGUACACCAUGAACCCCAACAAGUUCCGCGCCUGCCAGUUCCUCAUCCGCUUCCACGAGCGCCGCAACGACAAGAUCAUGGUGUUCGCCGACAACGUGUUUGCCCUGAAGGAGUACGCAGUCCGUCUCAACAAACCCUACAUCUAUGGGCCGACAUCCCAGGGAGAGCGUAUGCAGAUCCUGCAGAACUUCAAACACAACCCAAAGAUCAACACAAUCUUCAUCUCCAAGGUGGGGGACACCUCCUUCGACCUCCCGGAGGCCAACGUCCUCAUCCAGAUCUCGUCCCACGGAGGCUCCCGGCGCCAGGAGGCCCAGAGGCUGGGCCGCGUCCUCAGAGCCAAGAAAGACUAUCUCUUUCUCUCUUCUCACACACACCCACACACCCUGGGUUCCUGUGUAGGGAUGGUGGCAGAGGAAUACAACGCCUACUUCUACUCUCUGGUCUCUCAGGACACCCAGGAAAUGGCCUACUCCACUAAGAGACAGAGGUUCCUAGUGGACCAGGGAUACAGCUUCAAGGUCAUAACCAAGAUGGCGGGCAUGGAGGAGGAUGACCUGAUGUUCUCCUCCAGAGAGGAACAGUACCAGCUGCUGCAGAAGGUUCUAGCUGCGUCCGAUCUGGACGCCGAGGAGGAGGUGGUGAUGGGGGAGCUGGGUGGAAGACCUCAGUUCUCCAGGCGAAGCGGCACGAUGGGCUCCAUGUCGGGGGCUGAUGAUGCCUUCUACAUGGAGUACAGCCGCAGCAGCCGGGCCUCGCUGGGCAAGAACAUCCACCCGCUCUUCAAACGCUUCCGCAAGUAGACGGCUCCGCAAGGGGCGUGGCUUCGCAGGGGGCGUGGCUCUGCAGGGGGCCGCAAGGAUGGCGAGCACGCUGGGAGAGGAACCUAACACGGAGCUGCUGCUGAUGGUGAUGAUGAUGAUGGUGGUGGAGGAGAGGUUGAUGGAUGAAGAUGUGAUGGAGGCCUGCAGUCUGUCUGUCCUCUGAGUGUACGUCCAGGAGGACAGGCGGUGGUGAAGGAUCCUCCCUGCGUCUGGCCCUGCUACCCUCAGUCCUCUCAGUGGAAAAGGGGCUGGGGCCGCCAUUUUAAUUACACCUGUUAUAAUCCGGCUUCAUAUGGAACUCCCCCCUCCCCCUGAUGGUGCAGACUUGGGUAACUGCCAAAGCAAAAUGCAUUUCGGGCCCAUCUUGCAGAUGGCUGGAAACCAGCCCGUCCAGUGCUACCUAAAUUUGAUUUGUUGAUCAGUUAUUUCAUGCUGUGUUCAUGUAUUAUGUUUCAUCACCCAGAAACUGUUUUUGUUAUAAAUUUAACAAUAUAAAAAUAUUCUCAGUUACUUUUUACAGUAAAAAAAAAGUUGUUUAUAGUCGGUGUCUUGAAAGGGCUGGCAAUCUCUGUUUUUUCUGGACCCCAAAUUGAAAAUUGUUAAUAAAACAGAAAAAAAUCAUA